AUGAAAGCAGUUUCAAAGGCAGACAAACAGGCUCGAACGUUGUGGUUGAGUCAAUACAAGGCCCUUAAAGCGAAAGAAGAAAAUUAUCGGAGAGACUUGGCUCAUCAUUUCAUCAACAAUCCGAGAUUGAGUGAUAUGAAAGACUUUUUUAAUGAAAUUCAAUGUACAGAAGGCCUCCAAAGGCAAAAACAGCUUGAAGAGAGAAAAGAAUGUUUGGAAGAUAUUCAAGAUAUAAGUAAACGAGUAUCAUCACUGAAAAAACUUACAGCAGAAAGAAGCGGGACAAUGCAAAACGAUCAUUCGGGUGAAGAACAACAGGAAGAAUUCUUGAGUAGAAUUCAAUCCGUCAUGGAGAGAAUUGAAAAACAAUGUAUAGUAUUUAAACAAACACGAAGACAAAUGCUUCAAACGCUCAACACAGAGGAAAAGAUUUUAAUGAAAGAAAUUAAGAGUUUUGAAGGCUUGAUCGACGAUCCGGAUUGGCUUAAGGAAAAAGAAGAACCUGAGUGUAUUUUUACAAAUCCAGAGAAAAUGAAAGCGGUCAAGCAAUACAUUGAACAAAGAGAAAAUUUGCGUGUUCCAAUGGAAGUUAUUGAUUACGAUAACUAUGUAGCUGAGAAUGGAGGCUUGACAGGAGGAUGGGACGCCGAAGAUCAUACACUAUUUGUAAAACUUAAAUCAAAAUAUCAAGACCCUCAAAUAUUUAUUUCAAAAGCAGUGGAAGAAAUUAAAACACACAGUAUCAUUGAGAUACAAGAACACGAAGAGUUCUACAAGAAUUUAAUCAUUCUGCAAAAUCAAAAGAAAGCUGCUAUCCAGCGAUGGAAAGAAGAGAAGAAGAAGAAAAAGGAUGAACAGAUUGAAAUUGAAGAGCAAGACAAGGUAAAACUGUUGGAACGAGAGGAAGAAGAGCGACAGAGAGAAGCAAAACGACAAAAAGAACUCACAAAGAUUAAGCUUCAAACUUGGAAAAUUGAAAAAGAGCGCCUAGAGAAGGAAAAGCAAGAACUCGAAGAACGAGCUAAACAAGAAAAACUCAACAAGCAAAAGGAAGAGGAACGAAGAAAUCGAGAAAUUACUAGGAUGCAACUCGAGAGCUACAAACAGCUCAAAGAAAUGAAGCAAAAAGAGAAGCAAAAGUCACUUGUAGAAGAGCUUUCCAAAAAAACACGACCACCUUCUCCUGCAGAAUUAGCAAGAGUGCGUGAAAGGGAGGAGCAAUUACUGAAGAGAGCUCAAGAACGGAAAUUAAAACGAGACCAAGAAGCAAAGGAGAAGGAAGAACGUCUCUCAAAGCUUAAGGAGAAAGUUAAGGUCGAAGUGGAAUCGGAUGCCGAUCGUCUCCUUAAACCUACUCAAGCUCAGUUCAAUCGAGAAGUCGAAAUACGAGAGUACAUGGCUCAACCAAAAGAUGAAGGGUCAGGAAGAAGGCCCAUUUCGUUUGAUGUGAGAACGAUUUCACACAAAACAAUACCGAGCUGGAGAAAGUAA